AGCCUUAUUGGAAAAAAUAACAUCCAUGGCAGUACAACGAAUUGGUAUUUGCAUCAACAUCUGUUUAUUUGGUGUUUGCAAUUCUGGGAAAUCAUCCUUUAUCAACACGUGCGCCACGGCUCUUCAAGAUGGUGAAAGACAGGUUGAACUUGCAACUGUGGGAAGUUCUUCAGAAAGUCUCACAACGCGGCUGAGGGAAUACAAAAUUUCUUCAAAAGACAACAAACAUCUUAUUUCAAUGUAUGACUGUCGGGGAAUGGAUGAUACACGCGGUGUUACAACAAAGGAUCUCAUUAGCAUUGUAAAGGGUCACAUACGAUCUAACUAUGAGAUAAAUUCUGAGAAGGCUAUCAGUGAGGAGAGCGACUUUUAUAGACAAGUCCCCCAAAUUGAGGAUAUCAUGCAUUGUGUUGUUUUUGUCAUCGAUGCAGAGGUUCCAAAUGAAAAAUUGCUAAGCGACCACUGCUUGGAACAAUUCAAAGAAGUUGAAACAGUGCUUGAGGCUGAAGACAUUCCAGUGCUUGCAAUCGUUUGCAAGACUGACACUCUUCCUAUCGGCGAGAAAAAUCGCCUGCAGGACAUAUUUCACAGUAAGUCCGUAGAAAUAAAGUGCAGAGCUGUGGCUGAGAAGUUACAGAUACCACUGAAAAAUGUUCUGCCGAUGUCCAAUUACUUCAAGGAACCUCUUCCAACUGAUGAGAAAGACGUGUUAGCAUUGAAUUGCCUUAAAGAAAUGACGUUGCGUGCUGCUGACCGUCUUAAACAAGUUUACAGGUAUAACAAUUUGUAAGCACGUAUCAAAGUAUCUUUUCUGACUCUGAGAACUUUUUAGGACAAAUUCAAUUAUCGUAGUAUUUGUACUAUUCAUUUAAUUUAUUAAUGCACUGUAUUUGGCAAGGGUACUGUAUAAUCACUCACAUUUAAUGAAUUUGAAUUUUUCUAUGUAUAUCAGGAUAUCUUUACGGCACAAAUGUAGACAUGGUCGUCUUGUCCAGGGGAUAUGAAAUUAUGAUUUUUGAGUUAGUCAGUUAUGCAAUUUCAUGUCAAAUUUGAGUUAAUCAUUUUGACAAAAGAAUUUAUUUAAACAAUGAAAAGUUUCUUUAGUGUUAGCUCAG